CGAGCUCUCCUUAGAGCAGAGCUCGUCGAGAACCUAGUCCACCGCUCUUCUCGCCCCUGGGUGGAGGUCACCGGGUCUAGUUUGCACAUUUUAUGAUUGUUUAAUUCAUCUCCCUGACUUCACCUAAUGAAUGACAGAGUGUAGCAGCAAAUCCUACUGUUUGUCUAAGCUACCCUUGUUUCAUAUAUAAUGGAAGUCGAUGACGAUGUGGAGGACGAUUUCGACCCUUUACUUCUGCUCAGAACACCAUCUGAGACCUCGUCAAGCCUAACCUCAGAGGAUGAAUGCGAGAAAACUAGCUCUGGAAAUCAACCAAGCACUCUCCGCGGUAGUCCUGGUAAUAAAAACACAGGUGAUUCUGCGCUUCCUCACAAAAGAUUCCCAGCUAAAGGUGCGUGUGGAGAAAAUGUUCCAGAGAGCCCUUCUACACAGCUGUGUCAUGAGAAUGGAGAAGUUCUUGUUAAUGGAUUGGGAAAGGAGUCCUUACAGACAGAAAUGUCCCUCUCUUUAUCAGUACCGAGUUCUCAUCCUCUAUUGGUUGAAGCUAGCGAGGAAGGUGCAAUCUCUAGGUGGACACGGGCAGGACACUCUCUGGCAAACUACGCAUUCGAGGAAUUAGAUACCUUUCUCCAGCAAUCUGACGAUGAGGGUAACCUGCAGAAUAUAGAUGAGGAAGAGGAAUAUCGCAAGUUUCUUGCAGCUGUCUUAUCUGGUGGAGGUGAUGACACACAGGCCUGCCAGGGGAAUGAAACCCAGGAUGAAGAUGUGAAUGAUGCAGACUUUGAGCUCAGAAUUGAGGGGACCCUCGAAAGCAAUGGUCAUGGAAAUGUUGAGAGCUAUGAAAACAUAAAUGGUGGGAAUGAAAAAGAUGCCCAUAGGCCUCGGACUAGGAAGAAUAGACCCAAGUUGUCUAGGGCAACUAAAUCUAAUGUACGGCCGAUUCUGCCAAAUAGCUCAUCUGCGCUCUUGGCUCCUCAAAAUGAUUCCCCCAACAUCAAUGCCCCUUCCUCAUCGUCAUCAGUAAAUGGCGCUGCUGUAGUGGAGGGAUUUACUGAUGAGCAACUUGGCCAUUUGCAUAUGAUGAUAUAUGAACAUGUUCAGCUCAUGAUCCAAACCUUCUCUCUAUCUGUUCUUGACCCAUCUAAACAGCGUGUGGCUGUUGAUAUUAAAAAAAUGAUAGUUGAGUUGGUUGGCCACCGUGAUCAAGCAUUGGCUAGGACAAACACUAUCCAUCGACAAUUCUGUUUCGAAAGGCAGCAUCUCCAGUCAGCAAUUGAUGCUUCUUGUGAGAGCUCACAAUGCCAAUGGAAUCCAGUAAUUAGGAAUCCUGUUAUGUCCAUCCUUGAUGUCUCACCACUUCAUUUGGCCCUCAGUUAUUUAAGUGAUGUUGCAGCCUCUGUUGUGAAGCACAGAAAAAGCCUUGUGGAUGGCACCGCAGACAAGACCCACUCUAGGAAAGAACCUCUUUUUGCUUCACCGGUUCUUAGCACCGGCAAAGAUGCUAACAAUGUUUCUCAGGACAAAUCAAAUAAUGUAUCCACAGCAUCACCAGCUUUACCUGGGCAGUUACAUCCCAAGAAAACAUUAGCUGCUACCCUUGUUGAGAGUAGUAAAAAGGAGACGAUUGCUCUUGUUCCAUUUGACAUUGCAAGAUUGGCACAGAGAUUUUAUCCGCUUUUCAAUUUUUUCCUAUUUCCUCGUAAGCCACCUCCUGCAGCUAUGGUCCAGAGAGUGAACUUCACUGAUGCAGAGGACGGAUUAUUAGCUCUAGGGAUUCUGGAACUUAAUAGUGACUGGGAUGCGAUACAAAAGCGUUUUCUUCCUUGCAAAUCAACGCGUCAGAUAUAUGUGAGACAAAAGAACCGCACCGCAACCAAUGCUCCUGAUAAUCCAGUUAAGGAAGUGCGCCGUAUGAAGAAUUCUCCAUUGAGUACUGAGGAAAUACAGCGUGUCGAAGAGGGGCUCAAGAUAUUCAAAAAUGAUUGGACAUCUGUUUGGAAGUUUAAUCUGCCAUAUAGAGAUCCUGCACAGCUCCAACGUCAGUGGAGAGUUGCUACUGGAGUCCAGCGAUCUUACAGUAAAAGUGACGCGUUAAAAGAAAAGAGGAGAGCAUAUGAAGCGAAGAGGAGAAAAAGAAAAGCUUCAAUGCCUGAUUCACGAGUAGAUCGUGAGCAGGAGGCUGAUAAUGAUGCUUCUGAGGGUGUUGAAAGUGAUGACGAUCUGUAUGCAAAUGAAGCACUUUUAGCAGACACAGAGAAUAGGAGCGUCAACAUGAUGCAGACGGGCACACGCCCCGAUGACGAAUGUGGUGCAGCACAUGGCUGCUUUGACCAGCAUAGCAGAAAUAGUUUGAGAUGUGGUUUGAGUGCCUCAUAUAUACCUUUUAGCUCUUGUGCUUCUGAUGGCCCUUCAACUAAGAGGGUAUUUGAUGGCACCUUGGACGAACUCCAAGCUUCACAAAUUGGUAAAGAGAAAGGUAGUCAUGUGGUCAAGUUGGCCCCAGAUUUGCCUGCGGUAAACCUUCCUCCUUCUGUCCGUAUAAUACCUCAGAAGGAAUUUGAUCAGAAUGCAGCACACUUUAAUGGCACCUCAGAUAAUGCAGAAAAGGAUCUGUUUCCUGUGCCGCCUCCAACCUUUACAGAAUGUGUUUAUACACAGCUAAACCUUUUCGCCGAUCGUAGUACUAGUGAUAGAUUAGAACAACAUGGGACUUUAAAUGGAAGUGUGAUAGAAGAUGGUUAUGAGCAAGAUUUUCUGAUGCAUCCUUUGAAUAAAAAUCUUAGUCAUUCAAGAAACUAUGACCUUUUCCCUUUUGAGAACGUUCCGGUUGAGAAAAGUAAUAAGCAGAAAGCUCCUGCAAAUGCUAAUACUGUCGACUUCCAUCCUCUACUGCAAAGAACAGAAGCUGAGAUGCAUGGGGAAGUACCAGAAGAGGUCUGCCAUCAGUUUGCUAAUCAAUCUGACUGUCACGUGAAAUCCAUUAGUAAAUUAAGCACUCCGCUAGACGGGUCUAUCAAGGGCAGAGCUAGUAUUUCAAAUCUAGACCCUGGAAAUGCUUGUUCUCAUCGUGGCAUUGAAGAGCCCAGUGAAGAAGCAAUGCAAGGCGUUGUAAUGGAACAAGAAGAAUUAAGUGAUUCCGAGGAAGAUAGCCAACAUGUGGUUUUUGAAUGUGAGGAAAUUGAUGAUUCUGAAGAGGAGCAAGUUAAGGAUGCAGAACCCUGUUUGACUGGAAAUAAGGGAACUUCAGCAUCAGUUGUUUGUUUGGACUUCCAAGAAAGUAAUGAUCAAGGGUUAGAACAGGUGGCUAAACAGGGUGCAAGUUUAACGCAUAAAUCACAUGGGUCUUCUAUUGCAAGGUCAGGCAGAGCAAAGUUGAAGCCGGAGAAGGCAAUGCGCAUGGGAACUAGAAGAAGCGAACGGUUAGCGUCGAACAAGCGAACCUAGCCAGGUCAAAACCACAAGAACUAGAGGUCAGCAGCAAGAGGCAGGUGUUGAACUCAAGCCAGUUAUUCAACAAUAUCUAGAAAGACCCCUGCCCCGAGUUAAAGGUCUUUCCUUCCAUUUCUUUGUAACCGGGUAUCACCUUGAUUCAUGCGGCAGAUGAUAAUGGACGGAUGGCUAACUGUAAUUUGUAGUUACCUGCACUGCUGAGCUGAUUGCUUCCAAUUGAUGCAGCGUGUGCUGGAGACAGACCAUCUGUCAACCAUACAUCAGCACAAAUCCCUCGUAAGAUGAUCGCUUGAACAUGGAAAGAAGAACCAGAGGCUAGACUUGUCCAUGUCGAACUGAGUAGAAAAACUGAAAUGUUGAGGAUGGACUACUGUAUUUUGGGAUGUGUCGCUAACAAGAUCAACUAGCUGUCUGGUGCAUUCCUUUCCCUGUAGGAAAGAUCUAAGCAGCCUGGUUUGGCAUGCCUCAGGAUGGUGAGAGGUCCGUUUUAGAUUGAAAUGUGCACAUGUAAUUUGUAACAUGAGCUAAUGUUGGUGUAUCAUGGAAAUCGAUCAAUGAUGGCGGCUUUUCAUCA